AUGUCAUUGGGCGUGGAGGGCUAUACCUGGAUUCCUUGGCCCACUGUCCAAAGUACAUGUUGGUAGACUGAGAUUCUGUGCACAUAUUGGAUGAAGAGAGUCUUUGUGCUGCUGUCGAUCCUCAUCCCCAAGCCUGGCUAGUUGAGCGUGGCAAUUGAUAACCAGGAAGCUGUGACACGAUAACAUCGAUAUUGAAAUUCACUGCGGGAAGAGCUAAAAAGCCAUCAAACUGCCCCGCCUCACUGCGCAGAAGAAAUGAAGAAUCCUGCCCUCCUCGAGAAACCCACCUUCUUGUGGAGGCAGCGAUCAUGGGACGAUUUCAAAGCAGCCAGUGCCUUCACCAAGAUCAAUUACCUGAAUUUCGUGCUCCUGAUUGUCUUUGUCGUCAUGGCUAUCCGUCAAGUGCGAGCGAAACAAGACGCUGCCAAAAAGGCCGGGUACGAAAAGAGAUACAUCAAAGCGCCCGAGUUUCCUGAGGUCGAGGAACAGCCUGAUUUCGACCUUGACAAGACCGAGCCCUUGAAGUUGAGGCCGUUUAAACCAAAGUUCCAUCUGACCAUGGCCCUCGAGAACCUCGACCCAACAGACCUGCUCCUCAUGGACAACACGUAUGCAUCACGUAUCAAAUACCGCCAAACCAUCAUGUCCACCCAAGGCAAGCACGCAGUUGACGUUCACGACGAUGUGACUGUCCGUCCCGCUGUGGUCGAACUCUACCAAUACCUCAUGGGCACAUAUCUCCCCCUCCGAUUCCCAACUAUGUUCAAACUCCACGAAACCGACUACGAACAAGGCAAGACCUUUAUGCUGGAGAACCUAGUCACCAAAGCCAUUUUCCCCGCCAUUGUAGCGCCACAAACCAAGACAACCACUCUUCUCGAAACUCUAGGACGCACCGUCGACGAAGACUUCCUAUUCCUCCACCCCGAGGAGGGCGAGGAUGUUAAGGACCCGAAGUACGUGCUGCAAGCAUACGUGUGCAUCUGCCCUAGUGGAUGGGAUCCAGUGGAGAAAUUGGGACUGCGGUUGGCGUCGAUCCACACCCCCGUGCCCAAGUAUAGUGACAAGCUCGAGGCAUCGAUGGAUCGGUACUUUGCAGCGUUGCCAGUGGGGAAGUAUGUGCAGCGCAAGAAUUGGAGUAUUUCGACGUCGCCGGAGUUGUUCGCCAUUGGCAAAAAUAGCAACCAUGCCAAGAAAGGUGACAAGUUGGUCGCCAUGACUGAUGAUGAGUUGGAUCCUGAUUCGACUGUGUUGCGCUGUGAGAGGCAGACGCUGCAUCGGCUGCCAAAGUCAAAAUCCCUUGUCUUUGCCUUCAAGACCUACACUUAUCCGAUCAAGCAGAUCAAGGAGGAAGGCACCGGGCCCGAGUUGGCGGAUGCUGUUGAUGGCUUGAAGUCUGGUUCUGUUGAAGCCAUGCAUUGGUACAAGCGAGGCGCUGUUUGGGGCGAGGCAGUCAAGAAAUAUUUGAGGAGUUGAUCUGCUUGGGAAAGAAUACGAGUUCGCUUCAACGUCGUUUCUGCAUUAGCUACGCAAUCUACGAGAUCACCACGUAUUUAGAGUGGCGACAACCUGUCUGUCGAAUCUGAAUUGUUCGAUGGCCGCAACGACUCUAAUCUCUCAAGGUCGGCGUG